UUGAAUACUUUGCCUUCAAAUUUUAUUGCGUUAUCAUUGAACAAAAAAAAAAAAAUUUAAUGUUCAAUAAAAUUAAGUCAAUUCAUUAUAUAUCGAUUUUAAUGAAAGUCAUUGAUUAUUGAGCAUAGAGUAUAGAGCGGUGACAGUAAAAUUUUGAAGGCUUCGCCAGUAGUUCUCAAGAAACUUUAGAACACAUUCGGAGAUCUUUGAAGGCGCCUACUAUGAUUUGUGAGGGAACACAUUUUGAUUGGCAAAUUCCGCAUACGUUUGUUGUGUUUGGAGCUUCUGGAGAUUUGGCUAAAAAGAAAAUCUAUCCCACCUUGUGGUGUUUAUACCGCGACAAUCUUUUACCGCAGCCAACUAAGUUCUGUGGCUAUUCACGCUCCAAUUUAAAUACGACCAUUGUAAGAGCUGCUUGCACAAAGUACAUGAAGAUUGAGCCUCGUGAUCAAGAACGUUUUGAAGAAUUCUGGAAACUGCAUGAAUAUGUUUCGGGUCAUUAUGAUGGUCAUAAGGAUUUCGAAUUACUGCAACAAACACUUAUUAAUUUAGAAAAUAAGGCGAUAGCGAAUAGAAUAUUUUAUUUGGCCUUGCCGCCGUCGGUUUACAAAACGGUAACUAGAUAUAUCAAAGGAAUUUGUUUGUCGAUAAGGGGAUGGAAUCGUAUUAUUUUAGAAAAACCAUUUGGACACGAUUUUGAUUCAUCGCAGCUAUUGAGCGAUCAUUUAGAUUCUUUAUUCAAAGAAGAGCAAAUUUAUCGUAUCGAUCACUAUCUGGGUAAGGAAAUGGUGCAAAAUCUGAUGACCAUUAGAUUUGCUAAUAAAAUUUUGGGAUCUACUUGGAACCGCGAAAAUAUUGCCUCCGUUGUGAUAACAUUCAAAGAGCCUUUUGGUACUGAAGGACGAGGCGGUUACUUUGAUCAAUUCGGUAUUAUACGCGAUGUCAUGCAAAAUCAUUUAUUACAAAUUUUGAGCUUAGUGGCCAUGGAGAAGCCAGUAACCUGCCACCCCGAUGAUAUACGAAAUGAGAAAGUAAAAGUUUUAAAAUGCAUACCCGCCUUGACACGCGACGAUAUGGUUUUAGGCCAAUAUGUAGAUUGUCUUGAAAGUGAGUGCGAUCAGCAUAAAGGUUAUUUGAAGGAUCCAACCGUUCCAACCGGUUCCUUAACGCCUACUUAUGCGUUGGCUAUUUUAAAAAUUAAUAAUGAACGCUGGCAAGAUGUGCCGUUUGUAUUGCGCUGCGGCAAAGCGUUAAAUGAACGUAAAGCAGAGAUACGUAUACAGUACCAGGACGUGUCGGGUGAUAUUUUCGAAGGCAAUUCAAAACGUAACGAAUUAGUGAUACGAGUACAACCAGGGGAAGCUUUGUACAUUAAAAUGAUGACUAAGAGUGUGGGCAUUGCUUUCGAUAUAGAAGAAACUGAAUUGGACUUAACCUACGAGCAUCGCUAUAAAGGUUCAUACCUGCCAGAUGCCUACGAGCGUUUAAUUCUAGACGUUUUCAUUGGUUCACAAAUGCACUUUGUACGUAAUGACGAGUUGCGUGAAGCCUGGCGAAUUUUUACUCCUAUUUUACAUGAAAUAGAAAGAGAAUGCGUUAUCCCCAUACCAUAUCCGUACGGUUCGAGAGGACCGGUUGAAGCAGACCUUAAACUACUUGAAAACAAUUUCAAAUAUUAUGGCUCUUAUAAGUGGCACGGCGGAGACAAUAUGUAAAGGAGAAUAGAGGAAUUACAUAAUAUAAAGGCCUUUUCUUUGCGUACUUAAUAAUUUUAUGGGCUGUUUGCUCCUAGGACAGUACUUCUUUUUCAACUUUUUUCAACGAGGGUGAAGUGUAGAAAGUUUAUAUUAUAACCUAACUGAUGGUAAUACCUUUUAUAUUCAUCAUCAAAGUAUCGGUUGAUUUGCAACUCUAUCCAUCCGUUCGUCCAUAUAUCCAUUCAUUGCAAAAGUUUUGCGAUAGUCAAGGUAAAGACAGAAAGUUAGUGUUAGUUGAUUGAAUUGCAAAAUGGACGUGAUGCUACAACUAUGCCAAGACAAUGCAAAUAGUUUGAAUAUUGGUCUUCAACUCCCUACAAGCAUCUAUGCAGAUAAAACACUGCCACUUAUUUUUCUUAGAGAGAUAUCGUGCUAAAAUCCCACACAAAUAUUCAAAAGAGCCAAUUAAAAGAACAGUGUAUAAGUCUUCUCUGUUAAUCAACUAACCUUCCUAUAUUUACAUCCGCCGCAAGGCGGAUAUAACUUUCUUGUUCAUAUAUAAACAUUUCUUUAAUAAAAGUCAAGUUUUUCACUUAUAUACGAGCUUAUGUAAGUAAACUAACCCCCAAAGGACUCUAAAAGUUGACAUCCCACUAAUUUUCAGUUUAAUUAUCUUAUAAUCUCAUAAUAGGUGUGCUUGACGGCACAUAUCAGGGGAAAUUUUUGCUAGACCGCCAUACUAUUUUUUUGGCAAAGUGUGCACAAAAUGUUGGUACUUCGAAGCGUUCCAUCCAUUAUUUGAUCUGUAGAUGAUUUAGGGGCCGUGGGAGAAUCAGCCGCGUAUUUAUAUUCCAUUUUUAUUCUUUACAAGAAAUUCAAAACUGGGAGAAUUUGUCCAUAAAACUACAUUUCAUUGAGAACAACGAAAACUUUUAAUAUUUUUUAUAAGUAAUUAACCAUGUGUAGUCGGAUAUCGAUCAGACAUUGACCCAAAAUAUUAGAUGACUGCAUGUAUUCUGAUCAUUCCUCAUGUGAAAAUGGCAUUUAUUGAAAAAAUCGGUGCAACAUAUAUUUAACGAAAAGUUUUUCGCGACUUUCUACAAACUUUUUCCCAUCUUUCUGGCAACAUGGCUAUAUCGUGUCGAAAGAACUUAUACUGGUUUGGCAGCGAUGCAAUCAUCGACCCAUUUUCCCACUUCUUUAACUUUGUGGAGUCUGGUGCCAGCCCAAUCCAUGCUACAUCGAUUUGAACACGUGGUAAUCACAAGGCGUUACAACUGGUGAGUACGCUGGGUGCGGCAGAACUUUCCAUUCAAGCUAUACCGGCAUAUCCUUGACAACUUUUGCAACGUGCGUACCAGCGUUGUCACGCAAGAGGAUGACUUUACGUCUGUUAACCGUUAUUGACAUCGGUAGACAUCUGCAGUAACAGUUUCAUUCCAUUUUAGCAGUCCCUAAUACACUACACCUUGCUGACCCUACCAUAUGCACAGUAAACAUUUUAUGGCCAUGAAUAUUUCGCUUCAUGUGAAUGGGUCUCCAGGAGUAAACCAUGACUUUUGGCUCUUGCGAUUGUCGUAGUAAAUUCACUUUUUAUUGCCAGCCACAAUACGUCACAGAAGGCGAUUCUUUUUUAUCUGUCAAUCGAUGAAAUCGCGAUAUUGGAACGGUUUAAAGUGGCAUUUUCAAUCAGUUCGUAUGGGAGCCAUUUUUCUACCUUUUGAAUAUUUCUCAUCCCAAGUGUUUACAAUCCUACAAACAGCUAAUUCAUCAACUGAUAACCUGUUCGAAAGUUUUUUUAAACUUGUCACGGGCAUAGCUCUUUGCGUGGCAGAGCGUUCAUAAAUUUAUACAGGUAGGCUGUGCCGCAUGACAAAACCAAAUUAAAAAAAAAUAAAAAAAAGAUUUUUACAUGAAAUGGGGUAAAAAUAAAAUCAAAAAAAGGUAAAGAUUAAAUCCAACCUUCAAUGAGCUUACGCUGUGUAAGUCCGUUUGUAAGGUCUGUUGUCCGUACGGUGCGCCGUCCGUCGGUCACUUGUUACUCCGUCAGUAACCGUUCCCAGUUCCCCUACAUUCACUCGCGCGUACACCCACUCAUACUCCGCUUCAGCGGUGGAGUAUAUCCUCUUAGUGAAGAAUUUUUAAUUUUAAUUUUUAUUGCUUUGUGUUUUCAAUUACUUAAGCACCGAUCAUGGCUUUGGGAAAUAUACGAAAAUGUUCAAUCAGGAAUUAUUUUAUUUGUACUUUGAUUUACGAUCGGUUGGUGAAUGAUACUGAUGAUGAUAUACUUAUGUUGAUGACACGAACAAGCUCGAUGCCAAUGUCUCCUUCCUUACCCACGGCACUUUGUUAUUAUUCUGUAUUGUUAUUAAAGUUGAACUGACGAUAGGUGUCCACGGAUCUUGGCUGCUGUUGACAGCAAAGGGGUUGUUGUCUUCGUUGAUUAAUGGAUUGUCCGAAAAGUUGUUGUUGUUGAACACGGACUGAUUUUGAUGGAAUAAUCGUAUCACGAAACGGAUCGUAGACUGAUUUAUUCCCAGCCGGUUGUAGUGCAGCAGACUUAAGUACAUUGUUAUUAUUAUUAUAAUUUUUUCUUUUUUUUGUUCAUGAAUGCACGCAUUUGCUCGUAGUUUUAUUUUAAUUAUAUAUAUGUAUAUAUGUAUAUAUAUAUAUUUAUCAUGUAUAUGUUUGAUAGAAUCGAUUCGUUGAUGACUUGUUUUAUCCAAAAAUUAUUGGAAGAGUUUGCAUUGAACAAAAGAGUUACAUAUGGUCUGAACUAAUGAAAUCACCAUAAUACGUCCAAAUUCUGGUAUUUUUACUCGUAUUUAUUUACUUAUUUAUUUUUAUUUUUUUUUUCAAUCUCGUUUACAAUUUUGCACUUUCCCAGCUUUUUAUUAGUUUACCAAGAAAACAAUUCUUUUAUUUUUAUUCCAAUUAACUUAUAUUUAUAUUCUUCGUGAUUAUCCUUUCUUUUGCUUUGCAAUAUGUGAGGUAUUUUUGGUUUUGUCUUAAUUGUAUUAUAAAGUACUCAAUAAACUUAUUUUCUAAAAUUAUUUUUUUUCCUGAA